AUGCAUCGCGAAAACGCCGUGCUUGACUUGGCAGAACUCCGCGGUCCUCCCCUCCCUGAGAACGAGUGGUGGGAGAGCGAGUCCGACGCAGAGUUGGCCGACCUCGUCCUGGUGGCCCAGCCCUCCGACACAUCCGCUCCUCGCCAUGAAGACGAAGACAACGACAGCGGAGAGUACGACGAGCCAUGCGCGCCGGUCCUUCCACCCUCGCGUUGGACCGACAAACUCACGUUCUGGGUGAUCAUCGUCGUCGGUGUCUCGAUGGCGAUUCUCAAAAAGUCAGUCGACUACGCGAUCGUGUUUUAG